AUGAGCCAGCUUGGAAUGAUGGUUAUAGCUGUAGGUCUAUCUUCUUAUAACGUGGCAUUAUUCCAUUUAGUUAAUCAUGCAUUCUAUAAAGCAUUAUUAUUCUUAGGUGCUGGAGCAGUAAUUCAUGCUGUAGCAGAUAAUCAAGACUUUAGAAGAUAUGGUGGAUUAAGACCAUUUUUACCACUUACUUAUUCAGUUAUGCUUAUAGCUUCUUUAAGUUUAGUAGCUUUCCCUUUUAUGACAGGGUUCUAUUCAAAAGAUUUUAUUCUUGAGUCCGCUUACGGUCAGUAUUAUUUCUCUGGUACUGUUGUAUAUAUAAUAGCUACUAUAGGAGCAAUGUAUCGUAUUAAAACUUGGUGGACAAACUACUAA